AUUUCCCCCAAGAAACCAAUCAUCCAGCCGAGGUGAGUGGAUCGAGUACUGCCCUUUAACCUUAUCGAACGGAACCAUCCAAGUCCUGACCACUCUCGCAGUGCAAUGUCCGCAUUUCCCUCCUUGACCAACCAAUCCGACAUGGCCGAUAAGAGCCUCACUUCUGGUACCACGCCGAGGAGACAAUCCCAAGGGAAUGGGCGAUCACAGCAUCCCGGCGGAAAUCUCGUCGAUUCCUCAGCUUCCAAUAGAACAGAAGAGCACUCGGCAGGGAAGACUAAAAACUCCAAGCCCAGCAUGAAAGAGAUGAGCAAAGCGGAACGAAGAGCAGUCCAGGAAAAGCAACGAGCCGAUAAAGCCGCACUCAAAGGCACCCCGCCUCCCUCGACCUCCUCCAAACCAAAGGCGUCAAACAAUAUAAAUGCCCCAUCUACUUCUUCUCGUCCAACUGGUAGUACCUCGGCUGCCAAAAAGAGCCCGAUCGACCCGAUGAUCGAUUUUCCUCACUCUCUCCAGCUCUUCCUUCAUCUCGAAUCCCCCGUCACUACUCAUACCCUCAACGCUUCCCGCAAAAAUAACCCCGUCCUUCAUCAUUCAAUCCUCCGCCUCGCUCAUCUGUUUGCUCAGUUUAGGAUCGUGGGCUCCAACGCCCGAUGCAUGGCUAUGCUCGAAGCAUUCAAACACGUCAUUCAAUCGUACUCUCCCCCAUCAGGGACUUCCCUCUCCCGACAUUUGUUAUCGCAUCUGUCACCCCAGAUCGCCCAUCUUGUACAAGCCAGACCAUUAUCAGUUAGCAUGGGUAAUGCGAUCCGACAUCUGAAAGGGGUGAUCAGUCGAAUCGGGAUGGACACGCCUGAUGAACAGGCCAAAUCUUACCUGUGUGAUCGGAUCGAUUUGUUCAUACGUGAUCGGAUUGUCGUUGCUGAUAAAGUGAUCCAAUCACAUGCGGUGACCAAGAUCAAAGAUGGGGAUGUCAUCAUGACCUAUGCGAACUCUUCAAUCAUCCAAGCCGUCCUUCUCCAAGCCCACCAGGAAGGGGUGAAGUUCAGCGUGGUCUUAGUAGACUCGCGGCCGGCCUACGAGGCGAAGAACCUCCUCAAGCUGCUGUCGGGCGUGGGCAUCAACUGCACGUACAUCCUGCUUACCGCGAUCGGCCCGAUCCUCCGGACCGUCAAUCUCGUCCUCCUCGGCGCCCAUGCUAUGCUAGCAAAUGGCGCCAUCUAUGGCAGGGCUGGGACAGCAAUGAUCGCGAUGAUCAGCAAGACUUAUGGGAUCCCCGUCGUCUGUUGUUGCGAAACUUACAAGUUCAGUGAUCGGGUCAUGCUCGACAGCAUUGUCAGCAACGAGAUCAGUACUUCGCAAUCAAAUAUCCCCCCGGCUUCAUACCAUCAUCUCUUCACGUUUCCGUACACCUUACCGACCCCUUCGCAAGAGAGCGAGGAGACAGAGAUCCAAGAGCUGUCGCUGUUGUAUGAUGUCACCAGACCCGAAGACAUCACCAUGGUCAUCACCGAGGCUGGCAUCAUUCCCGUCCAAAGCGUCCCUGUCUUGCUUCGGGACUAUAAACCUCUGUUGGCUGAGUAAAUCUGGUGGAACACAUAUACUUCAAUUUACUGUCCCCUUUUUUAUGAUAUAUCUUCUCCUAUGUUUGGUCCCAUCGUACCCCUUGCUCAAUGUUAGCCUCUUCUUGUUUGCCAGUUUUCUCAUAAGUGGGGUACUCAAUAAGAGGCUCUGGAAAAUUUCGAAGCUUAUUCAAUUCAUUUCACCUUUCUUUUUCUAAAAUUAUUACAUUACAUAAUAGAAGCUAUCACACUUCCACUUGACCAUCAGCCAGCGGUUUAGCGCCCUUGGAAUUGGAUGAGCAAACUUAUUAAUGCACGGUCACUUUCUUCGCAUUUUUAGUUCCCUGUAUCCUUGCGUGUGCAUUUAUAUUUAUGUUCUUCCGACCACAACAUACUCAGCUCUGGCCUUAUGCUCGGUGUUUGUAUUCUGGACCUCCUCACAGGGGUUGUAACCCUCAUGGAUCACAUGAAAUAGUUUGAUUUAUGAGACCAGUUAUCAAGAAAAAAGUUAUUCUGGUCAGAACACCUUUGUUCAUGUCAUCUAUCAUAUAAACACCCAAAGCAAC